AUGACAGUAGUGAACCGCGACGGCAAGGUGUCUGAACUACAAAAUGCUUUGAAUGCGUUUGACUUGGAUCAGAUUGCUUCUGUCUUUGUCUUGCCCAAGGUGGCUUCUACUAGCACUGCUAGUGGUAGAUCUACUAGUAGCAGCAGUGGUAAAAGCGUGUCAUUGCAAGACCACGGUCUGGAUUGGAGUUCCACGUUGACUCAGUACUGCAAUGCCAGUGAUGCCGCCCUUGCUGGCGACGCCUCCAAGAUGUUUGAGAGUCAAUGCGCGUUGCAUUCUAGUUUUCAUUCCGUGUUUUCUUCAUCCCAAGGGAAUUGGUUGGUUCCCACGCUCCACAUGAUUUGCAAAAUGACACACAAAGCUGCCAUUGCCGCGGAUCGAUACACAUCGACUAGCGCCAGUAGCAAAGACUCCAAUGCUCACUUGCAAAAGGCCGUUACUCUCCUCCAAGAAUCGUACAGCAAGACAUCCAACGACCGCCGAGAAUUCAAGGCCGAUGCACCGUUGGACGAUCAGGAAGGAUCCAAAAAAGCAGGAGUCCUCAAGAUUGUCAAUGAACUAUUUGCCAUUUACUUUCGACUCAAUACCCUACGACUCUGUAAAAAUCUACUACGUCCGGUAGAAUCCAGAAAACUACAUCAAAUGGGGAAAAUGGCCGACAUGGUCACCUACCGCUAUUACGUGGGACGACUCAACUUGUUUGAAGAUCAGUAUCAAGCGGCCGAACAGAGUCUCGAGUAUGCUCUAAAGCAUUGCCACAAGAAUGCGUUUGAGAAUAAACGUCGCAUCUUGCGCUAUCUCGUUCCCGUCAAACUAUUUCGAGGACGAUUGCCCAGUCUGCAACUCUUGGAAAAGUACGGGCUACUCGAAUUCUUGCCCAUUGUCGAAGGAGUUCGAACGGGAGAUUUGAGACUCUUUCAAGGUGGACUCGUCAAGUCACAAGACAUUUUCAUUCACCGCGGCACGUACUUGUUGUUGGAAAAAUGCAAGACGGUCUGUUAUCGAAACCUUUUCAAACGCAUUCAUGUCAUUACCGAACGACAUCAGAUUCCACUCAAUACUGUCGCAAAGUCACUCAAGUGGCUUGGAAUGCCCAUUGAUCUAGAUGAAGUCGAAUGUAUUCUCGCUAAUCUCAUCUUUCGAGGGUACAUUCGAGGAUAUCUAUCGCAUGCCAAACGAGUACUCGUACUGUCCAAACGAGAUCCGUUUCCCGUUUCUGCCGUCAUUAUGAAGUAA